CGAAUCUGCAAAAGCUGUUUCUUAAUAACAACGAACUCGAGACAUUGCCACCUGAGAUAGGAGAGCUGGAGAAUCUACGAGAACUGUAUCUCGAUAGUAACAAACUCGAGACACUGCCAGACACUAUAAGAAAGUUGUCCGGCUCUUUGUGGUUGCUGGAUUUAAGAGGCAAUAAUAUUUCCGAGGAAGGAGAAAGGGGAAGGACUCUGGGUAAGAAAGAGCUAAGAGAGAUAUUUAGAGGCCGUAUCAAAUUUGAUUAA